AUGGGUAAGUGCAUUGUAUAUCCUUAUCUUAUCAGUCAUCCCUACGAUCAGAAUGGGCAGUCCGAAAUAUCUGGAUUUCAUAUAUUUGAACUGCGGGAAGAGGAAACAAAUGCAGACAGGAUCAUCAAUACACAACUCAGUUGCAAAAAAAAUAGGCCUGAAUGCCCGUAUUCGACCCCUGACCUCUGCUAUACCUUUGAAGUGCUCUUACCUAUUAAGCUAGCAAGCCGACUGGAUGUGGAUGGUCCGUAAGUAUUAUCUAAAAGUCUACCUCCUUUAUCAGUGUUCAGGAUGUUUAAUAAUGUAGAAGAUUUUUUUUUCAUUUGAACAGGAGAUAAUUCGAACUAUAGCCUAUAUUAUUUUAAUGUUUUUUUCCUCUUAUUUUCAAUAGGAGGGGGUGAAAAUAUCGCAAAAAUGACACAUGGAAAGUUUAAUACUGGUUUUAGGGGUUGUAUAAAGAAUAUAUUUUUUAAGGACAGAGGCAUGGACCUCCAGGGUGACGCUAUUCUCGGCUGGAAUGUCCUACCGUGCGACAGCGAUGAGGCAGAGCCAUGA